AUCGGCUUUGUAUGUCAACUGGGCAUUCAAGGUAGAAUAGAACAGUAAUUGCAAGAUUUCUUGGGUCGUGUUUUCUUCUCCCUCACAGCAUACAGACAAGACACACUUUCUGAUAUUGAUCUCGAUCAAAGGCAUCGCAACUAGCUAUCCUAUCUUGUUAACAUUCCCAGGUUCUAAUCUCUAGGGCCUUGCCUUGUGUCGCGAUUCAUUGUCGACCUUGGUGAAUGCCGUCAUAUAAACACGAGCGCAUGCGACCCAUCCUUCGCCUCCAUCGCCUCCAACAUUAGAACUCCACGAGCUCGGCGAACUCGCCCGGACACCGAAGCAGUCUUCCAUUCUCACAUCUGUACAAUAGCUUGCGAGAAUACUACCUCCAUCCAUUGGGUUACCUAUUACCGACGAUGCUUCGCCUAGAACUAUUUAGGAUAUAGAAUCUGCCAAAUACGAAUCAAAGCGCAACUGCAAUGCCCAACCACUACACAUCGAACCCUCAUCCCAACGAACGGGACUCUCUCGAGCUUGCUUCCUUAGCCUCAUCGAGCCACGGCCCCGAUACUUACUCUGAAACGGAUUCGAGAGCGUCAAUAUCAUCAUCACGCAAGUUCUCCCUCGAACAGGACGACCCUUUGGACGACGGUAAUCUCGCUGGUCGCCCUACACUUGGCGGCGCUCGCGAUAGAGCAUACUCCGCCGCCUCAAACUUCGACUACUCCGCGAACCUCUUCCCCCUCUCCUCUUCGACGGCUCCCGGCUAUGCUCCGUUAGGCGCUCCUACAUCGGCCGCACAGCACCAUGGUGGGCUAGGCGGCGCCUCGCUGGAGAAGCACAAGACACUGACGUAUCUGAAUGGCCUGGGUUUGAUUGUUGGUCUAAUCAUCGGCUCCGGCAUUUUCUCCUCCCCAAGCCAGGUUAAUGUCAAUGUCGGCUCACCAGGCGCGUCUUUGGUCGUGUGGGCAAUAGCAGGUGUGCUGGCGUGGACGGGAGCGGCCAGCUAUGCCGAGCUAGGUGGCGCGAUACCUCUAAAUGGAGGAUCGCAAGCGUACUUGUCGAAGAUUAUGGGCGAGCUGGCGGGCUUCCUCUUUACGUGGGUUGCUGUCCUGGUUCUGAAGCCUGGAAGCGCCGCUAUUAUCGCCAUCAUCAUGGGUGAAUACCUGGUGCGGGCUUUUAUUGGAGCUGAGGCAGAACACAUAAAUCCCUGGAUCAGCAAGGGAGUUGGUUUUGCCGGGCUACUCUUCGUUACAUUCUUGAAUUGCGUCUCUACUCGACUAGGAACACGAAUCAACGAUGCACUCAUGUUCUUCAAAUUCAUUGCUUUGGUUGGUGUGACAGUUGUGGGUAUUGUGGUCGCUUUAACCGGCUUCUCUUUUUCAGGCCAAGCCAACACGGAGUGGAAGAACCAUCAAUGGUUUGAGGGUACAACUACUGACGGUAGUCAUUGGGCUGUUGCCUUAUAUGCUGGGCUCUGGGCAUAUGAUGGUUGGGACAAUACAAAUUAUGUUGUAGGCGAAUUUCGUAAUCCAUCCCGCGAUCUACCCCGCGUCAUACACACAGCCAUGCCCCUGGUAAUUAUCGGUUAUCUUCUCGCCAAUUUUUCGUAUUUUCUUGUCCUGCCCAAGGAAAUCCUCAACAGCAGUAAUACCGUCGCGGUCGCAUUUGGUAGCAAAGUAUUCGGUCCCGUAGGCGCACUAGUAUUCGCCCUUAUCGUUAGUGCUUCAUGUUUUGGAUCGCUUAACUCGACAACAUUUACUAGUAGUCGGCUAGUAUAUGCUGCUGCGAAGGAAGGGUUCAUUCCUUCCUUCGCUGGCCGCAUUGGCAUUGGUUCUACGGAGCCUAGAAUUUCUACGAGAAGGAAUGGGUGGCUUUCGAAGCGAUUUCGCAAUCUGGUUGGGGACGAAGAAACGGGUCUGUUCUUUACACCAGUGAAUGCGCUGAUAUUGAACACCCUAUUGACCACAGCCUACAUGGCGGUUGGCGAAUUCAGCGAGCUUCUUACAUUCUAUGGUGUGGCAGGGUAUUCCUUCUACUUUCUCACUGUCCUAGGGUUAAUUAUACUUCGAGUAAAAGAGCCGCACCUCGAAAGACCUUACAAGACUUGGAUAACAACGCCCAUAAUAUUCUGCUGCGUCAGCCUAUUCCUACUCAGCAGAGCGGUUUUCUCUCAGCCUCUAAAAACACUCAUCGUUGUCGCAUUUGUUCUUACCGGUAUACCUGUCUUCUUCUGGCGGAUACAAGGGCGCGAUCAGGUGAGCAAGCGUGAAAAUGGAUUGAGAAAAGCGCCCAUAUGGCAGUUCUGGAAGCGCUGGGGGUAGACAUGGGAUUAUGCCAAUUUUAUUUGCUGAAUGUCAAUUAAAUCCUAUGACAACCUUGUUUCCCGCCAAAAGCAUCUUUCCUUGGCUAAUUGCCCUAAUGUACUCGGAUAUGAAUGGGUCAGAUUAUAAAGGCGUUAGGCUAUAUUUAUCAUAAGAGGCAUGACUUAGGACGGUAUCAUACUCAACGGGCACAUCCCUCCCGGUCGUAUAUAAGACAAACGAGGACAACGGAACAUUGCCCUUCGGUAUUCAUCAUCGAUGCAGCUCCAGGCUAUUAGGCGCUCAUAUCCAAUGAUCUCGAGCCAGUUGAAGGUGCUUGAGAGAUAGGCUCGGCUAUAAGAAAUUGGAACAGUUCAAAUGUAUCUUUUGAUCCUGUUGCUUAACCUGUUGGUGCUAAGGCAUAUAAACUAGAACAGAUUUUGAAUAUAAAUGAUUUUAAUGACC